AUUAGCUUCAAUUAGUUGGUCUUUAUAAAGCCAAACCCCCGCCAACAAAGCGCCUUUCUGUCCAUAGAAAUAAAAGAGCAAAAAUGCAAUAAAGAAAAGGUAAAAAAAAAAAAAAAAGAGGAAAAAGGAAAAUAAGCCAUCUUCAGUCGAACACCAUAUUUGAAGUUAGCAGAAUCAGAAUUUCCCGUCAUCAUCUUCAAUCUUCUAGUCUCUCCUAGACAAAUAAUCAUACACUUGCAAGCUCUGAUUCACUUCUACUGAAAUGUGCUCUGCCACCGGAAUGGCCACUGCUGCAACACUCCCCUUCCUAUCCCCGGAGCCUCUUCAGUGUCCCACUAUCCCAGUAUUCCCGUUUUCCUCAUCUUCAUCUUCUUUCCUUGCCGGCGGGACCCAUUUGUGGGGUCAAAGGAAGUUCGUUUCUCUUUGUGUAUCCUCUUCCCCUUCUUCGCAACUCAACCGGAGGAUUUCUCCGAGGCGUUUUCGUAGAUUGAUUGUGGCUGCCUCAGCUGAUUAUUACUCCACGCUUGGGGUUCCAAAAUCCGCUUCUAAUAAGGAAAUUAAAGCGGCUUAUCGAAAGUUAGCUCGGCAGUACCACCCUGAUGUCAACAAGGAGCCUGGAGCUACUGAAAAAUUCAAGGAGAUCAGUGCUGCAUAUGAGGUGCUAUCAGAUGACAAAAAGAGAGCUUUGUAUGAUCAAUAUGGUGAAGCUGGGGUGAAAAGUGCAGUUGGGGGGCAGGGUGGAGCAUACACGACGAAUCCCUUUGAUCUGUUUGAGACAUUUUUUGGGCAAAGUAUGGGGUUCUCUGGAAUGGAUACAGCUGGUUUUGGAACGCGCCGCAGCACUGUUACUAAGGGCGAAGACUUACGAUAUGAUAUAAAACUGGAAUUCUCGGCGGCUAUAUUUGGCGCAGAAAGAGAGUUUGAGCUUUCUCAUCUUGAGACAUGUGAAGCCUGUUCUGGUACUGGAGCGAAGGCUGGUUCGAGAAUGAGAAUAUGCUCUACUUGUGGUGGCCGUGGUCAGGUUAUGAGAACUGAGCAAACACCUUUCGGAAUGUUUUCGCAGGUUUCUAUAUGUCCAACCUGUGGCGGUGACGGUGAAGUGAUUUCUGAAUUGUGUCGUAAAUGUUCUGGGCAAGGUCGGCUGAGAGUAAAGAAAUACAUUAAAGUUAAAAUUCCUCCAGGAGUGAGCAAGGGCAGUAUUCUCAGAGUUGCCGGAGAGGGUGAUGCUGGACCAAAAGGGGGCCCACCUGGGGAUUUAUUUGUAUAUCUUGAUAUUGAAGAAAUUCCGGAGAUUCAAAGAGAUGGUUUAAAUCUCUAUUCUACUGUAUCAAUCAGCUAUUUGGAUGCAAUAUUAGGUACUAUUGUUCAGGUCAAAACAGUGGAAGGUCCCAGUGAUCUUCAGAUUCCUCCUGGUACACAGCCAGGGGAUGUACUUGUCUUGGCGAAGAAAGGUGCUCCUAAAUUGAACAGGCCGUCUGUGCGUGGUGAUCAUUUGUUCACUGUUAAAGUUAGCAUUCCGAAAAGAUUAAGUGCUAGAGAGCGUGAACUGAUUGAAGAACUUGCUUCUCUGAACAUCACGUCUGCAAGCCGUUCAAAAACUCGCCCUAAAGUUCAGGAAACUACUAAGCCGGUAGAAAGUCAAACAGAGAGUAUAACUGAGGAUCCCAAGAAUUCUGAAGAUCAAAGUGACUUAUGGAAGCAGCUAAAAGAUCUUGGAGGGGCUGUUGCAAACGGAGUACUGAAGUGGUUGAGAGACAACUUAUAG